CUGUGGUUCAGAGUAAUUCCUCAACUCCAAACAAGUCUCUCCCUAGACCAUCCGCCAACCACGACAGUUAUAAGAGCCGUUGCAUUCGAAAUUUGAAAUUCCCGGCGAAAACAUGGAUCCCUUCUUCCCAGAUGAGCUUCAGAACCCAUUACUCUGGUUCUCUCCUUCUCCUCCUCCUCCUCCCCAACCCCAACUGAAUCAGAGCACUUUUGUCAGAUACACGAGACCCACGGAAGGAUUACGAUCGGAGCAGAAUUCCAUUUCCAAUCCUAGAAACCAGAGGAACAUCCAUAAGAGAAUGAUCGAGUUAUUGAGAGCAAUUGCAACUGCGAAGAAUGAAAACAGAGAGCUUGAGAACGAACGCAGUUAUCGCCAUAUGAUGAAUGAGCGACUCAGAAGAGAGAAACAGAAACAGAGCUACGCAGCUCUGCGUUCCAUGCUUCCCCCUCAAACUAAGAACGAUAAGAACUCCAUCGUUCAAAUGGCAGCGGCACAUCUGCAAAAUCUGAAGAGUGAAAAGGAAGAGUUGAGGAAGCGAAAUCAUGACGUUGAGGCAUUAAUUUUAGCAGGAAAUGAAGAUAAGAAGAUUAGAUUCCGAGUGGUUAAUCCGUCUUCCCCUGUUGAUUCCAUGGUUGUGUUACUUAAAUGUUUAAAAGACAUGAACUUGAAAGUAAGAAGGAUCAGAUCAGAGGUUUCUGCUCAAGAACUUUCAGCAGAUAUAGAAAUCGAAAGUCUGGUGAGUAAGCCAAUUUCAGCAUAUUUUGAGUUGAAAAGCAGAUUUGCUCAUAUAAUUUGGGGUCUGAUGGGUAUAAAGAAGAUGAAACAAAAACGAUGAAAUUUCCAUGAUUCUGUCUCUUGCGGUCAAGUUAAGCUCAAUGGGUACAAAGAAAGAGAAAGGAAAAGGAGGAAGUUUUCAUGCAUCUGUCUCUUUCAAUCGGUGUUUUUAGCUGAUGGGUUAUCUAAAAUUAAUCUUCUAGACUUUCAUCAUCAGAUCUUAUCUGGUUUUUAAUUUUUUACAGUAAUGGGUUUUUAUUUUUCUAGAUUGAGGCGGCGGAGGUGGAAAAAGCAGUGCAAAAGGCUCUGAUGAUUGAAGAUGAAGGAAAGUUCGGGUCUGGUUUCCUGGAAGGAUAGUUUUAAUCUUUGAUAGUUGUUAGCUUUAAUUUCAAUGAUUUUUUAUCAUCUUCGUCGUUGGUUCCUUCCUUCGUCUCUUCUGUAUUUAAUCCAUGUGCGAGUUUAGGGAAAUCCGAACACUUUAUUAGUUUAUCAAGAGAUGUAAAACUCACUAAGCAAUGUAAACAGGUGGCGAUUCUUUUUUUAAA